CGGUGAGGCUUUGUCUCCCCACCACCUCGCGGGGCGCGUUCUCCCGCCUCCCGGCCCCCGCGCACGCGCGCCCCGCCCUGCCCGCCUUUCCUCCCGCGCCCUCCCCUCUCCUUUCUCCCUCUCAGAACCUUCCUGCCGCCGAGUUCGGACCUCGCUGCUCCAGCCUCCGGGCCCCGUCCCAUCCUUCCAGCCUGCGACCAGCAGCAGAAAAAAACUAAUUACAUAUCAUUUUCUUGCCCCGUACACACUUGUGAGGCGAACAAAAAGAUUACAAUAAAUUUUAAAAAUGAGGGAAAUCGUGCACAUCCAGGCCGGUCAGUGUGGCAAUCAGAUCGGUGCCAAGUUCUGGGAGGUGAUCAGUGAUGAACAUGGCAUCGACCCCACCGGCACCUAUCAUGGGGAUAGCGACCUGCAGCUGGACCGCAUCUCCGUGUACUACAAUGAAGCCACAGGUGGAAAAUAUGUUCCUCGUGCUAUCUUGGUGGAUCUAGAACCCGGGACCAUGGACUCUGUUCGCUCAGGGCCUUUUGGUCAGAUCUUCAGACCAGACAACUUUGUUUUUGGUCAGUCUGGGGCAGGCAACAACUGGGCCAAGGGCCACUAUACAGAGGGGGCCGAGCUGGUCGACUCGGUCCUGGAUGUGGUUCGGAAGGAGGCCGAGAGCUGUGACUGCCUGCAGGGCUUCCAGCUGACCCACUCGCUGGGCGGGGGCACGGGCUCUGGAAUGGGCACCUUGCUCAUCAGCAAGAUCCGUGAAGAGUAUCCUGACCGCAUCAUGAACACCUUCAGUGUGGUGCCCUCACCCAAAGUGUCCGACACUGUGGUUGAGCCCUACAAUGCCACCCUCUCCGUCCAUCAGCUGGUGGAGAACACUGAUGAGACCUACUGCAUUGACAACGAGGCCCUUUACGACAUCUGUUUCCGCACCCUCAAGCUGACCACGCCAACCUACGGGGACCUGAACCACCUCGUCUCGGCCACCAUGAGUGGUGUCACCACCUGCCUCCGCUUCCCUGGCCAGCUCAAUGCUGACCUCCGCAAGCUGGCAGUCAACAUGGUGCCCUUCCCACGUCUCCAUUUUUUCAUGCCUGGCUUUGCCCCUCUAACCAGCCGUGGAAGCCAGCAGUAUCGGGCCCUCACUGUGCCGGAGCUCACCCAGCAGGUCUUCGAUGCCAAGAACAUGAUGGCUGCUUGUGACCCCCGCCAUGGCCGGUACCUCACCGUGGCUGCUGUCUUCCGUGGGCGGAUGUCCAUGAAGGAGGUGGAUGAGCAGAUGCUCAACGUGCAGAACAAGAACAGCAGCUACUUCGUGGAAUGGAUCCCCAACAAUGUCAAGACGGCCGUCUGCGACAUCCCACCCCGUGGCCUCAAGAUGGCGGUCACCUUCAUUGGAAACAGCACAGCCAUCCAGGAGCUGUUCAAGCGCAUCUCAGAGCAGUUCACUGCCAUGUUCCGCCGGAAGGCCUUCCUCCACUGGUACACAGGUGAGGGCAUGGACGAGAUGGAGUUCACCGAGGCUGAGAGCAACAUGAAUGACCUCGUCUCCGAGUACCAGCAGUACCAGGAUGCCACCGCAGAAGAGGAGGAGGAUUUCGGUGAGGAGGCCGAAGAGGAGGCCUAAGGCUGAGUCCCCAGCACCUCAGGCUUCUCAGUCCCCUCCGCCUUCUUCCUCAACCGCCCCUUUCCUCUCCCUCAGAAUUUGCGUUUUCUGCCUCUGUCUUUUUUUUUCUUUUUGGGGGGGGGGUUCUAGAACAGUGCCUGGCACAUAAUAGGCGCUCAAUAAAUAUCUGUUGUUUGUUGAA